UGGCGAAUCCGACUUAAUCAAGAGCUCUGUAAUUGUCUUACCCUCUUUCACGCUUUUCCUUGCUCCACCAUCAAUGGCGUCUGCAAGAUCAUUUGCAGCUCCCAAGAGCUUAUCUUCAUCAAUUAGGGCACUUGAUUCAAGAUCAUCUCUUUUCUUUGCUCAGACCCAGAAACUCUCGGGGUUUAAGACUAUCGAUUCAUCAACGAUCCGUACUCUCAGAUCUGUAAGAACCCACCAGAAUCUCUCCACCCGGUGGAGCGCAACCAGAGUCUUCUCCUCCUUGAAAGAGGAUCAUAAACCAGAUUCUUCUUUCACUCCCAGACCCACCACAGUUCAGGAGCUUUGUGUGUACGAGAUCAACGAAAGAGACCGUGGAAGCCCUGCAUACCUACGCCUCAGCCAGAAAGAGGAGAACUCACUGGGCGAUCUCGUUCCUUUCAGCAACAAGGUGUAUAGCGGGGACUUGCAGAAGAGGUUGGGCAUAACAGCUGGGAUCUGUGUGUUGAUCCAACAUGUACCAGAGAAGAAAGGAGAUCGAUAUGAAGCGAUUUACAGCUUCUAUUUUGGGGAUUACGGGCAUAUCUCGGUACAGGGGACGUAUCUGACUCACGAAGACUCGUAUCUUGCUGUGACGGGUGGAUCAGGUGUGUUUGAGGGAGUGUAUGGGCAGGUGAAAUUGCAGCAAUUGAUCUUCCCUUUCAAGCUGUUCUAUACAUUUUAUCUGAAAGGGAUUCCUGAUUUGCCUGCUGAGCUCUUGAGUGAACCAGUUCCUCCAUCUCCUACUGUUGAACCUUCACCUGCUGCUAAGGCUGUUGAGCCACAUGCCACCAUUUCCAACUUUACCAACUGAUGUUAAUGCUUCUACUUCAGCAUAUGAUCAAGGGGCUCUUUUAGUCUUUUAGUAGUUUCCCUUUCUGUUUUCCCUGUUACAUUCUUUAGCUCUCUUUUUUAUGUAUUGUGUAAUGUGCAAAGAAGAAUAGAAGUGAAGACGUUUUGUUUGGCUA